UCCGCAAUUGCUUCUAUUCACCAACACAGCUACGCGUCUUCUCUAUUUAUUUCUUUUGCACGCAACUGUCAAGACUUGAGCUUCUAAAAUAGCGUAAUGACGCAAACGGACCUCAAGAAAUAUCCAGCUCAAACUAAAACCUGCCUAUAGUUUCAUUCAAGAUGGUUUUAGAAACUAUUUCAAAGAUCAUAAAAACCCAGCUUCCAGCCUACCUCAAGAAGUUCCCCCUUCCUGAGACGAUCGGAGGAUUUGCGAGGUUAACAGUCCUUGAUUGGCUCCGGUUGCUGCCUCUCCUGGGAAUCUUGGCCCUGCUGGGCUACCUCACCAUCCGGCCCUUCCUGCCCAAGAAGAAGAAGCAGAAGGACAGCCUGAUCAACCUGAAGAUCCAGAAGGAGAACCCCAAAGUGGUCAACGAGAUAGAUAUUGAGGACUUGAAGAGCACAAAUGUCUGUUACUGCCGCUGCUGGCGCUCCAAAACGUUUCCUGUUUGUGACAAAUCACACAUAAAGCACAAUGAGUUGACUGGAGACAACGUGGGGCCUCUCAUACUCAAGAAGAAGAUAAUAUAAUCCAUCUUUAACACUGAGGGAGCCGCCAUCUUCACUCCAUACUUCUGUCUUCGGUUCUUUUAAAAAAGUCUGUAUUUUAGGGCAUGACCUUUUGCACUCUUCCAAUUUGUCUUAUGUUUUGGUAAAAAAAAAAGCACAUACUUUCCUUUUGGUCGUGAUAUGCUGUAGAAAUGUUGGUGGCACGUUAACUCAAAGAUUUUACCAUCAACACUUUUGUAAAUCUUAUUUAUUUCAACUUGACAAUAACGGACAUUAACAGAGGUUAUACCACAGAGUAGCAUAAAACCUUUCAAACUAUCACCACUCCCUCUUGUCUCCUUCUGAGAACUUUUUGUACAGUGGCCAUUUUCCAGUCGGGCUAGCAGCUCUCGUUAGAAACAGUUAACUUUGGUCUCCUUGGUAGCACCGCUCGGUUCCAAACUAUUGGGAUCACAUUGAGGGAACUUGAACUUGAAUCAUGAUUGCAAUUAGGGUAGCAGUACAUUUUGUUAAGUUGAAAAAAAAUAUGUAUACUUAGCCUUUUCAAUCUCUGAACUACUGCAAGCUUGAAGUCUUUCACUUGCAUACAAACACACUUCCAGGAUUUAUUUUCUCUGCCAUUUCUUUGUUCCUAACCUUAUAAAACAUGCCUUAAUUCUG